AUGGGAGGUAUACCGCCCACUGAGAAGCUAUUCAUUGGAGGAGAUUUCAAUGGGCACAUUGGGUCAAUUUCGGGGGGAUAUGACGAUGUGCAUGGAGGUUGUGGUUUCGGGGACAGGAACGGAGGAGGAGUUGCACUGUUGGAUUUCGCAAAAGCCUUUGGGCUGGUGGUAGCCAAUUCGAGUUUCCCGAAGAAGGAGGAGCACUUGGUAACCUUUCGUAGUUCGGUGGCUAAGACGCAGAUAGACUUUUUACUCCUUAGGAAGGACGAUAAAGGUCUUUGUAAAGACUGCAAGGUGAUUCCGAGUGAGAAUCUAACGACCCAGCAUAAGGUCUUGGUGAUAGAUUUGGAAAUCAAGAUGAGGAAAAGAAAGAGGGUCGUGGAUGACAGGCCUAGGAUCAAAUGGGGGAGUUUGACCAUGACAGGUGCCCUGGUGAUGGGGGAGAAGUUGACGCCUAUGGGAGCCUGGGAGAGUAGUGGGGAGGCGACCAACAUUUGGGAUAGGAUGACCAAUUGCAUUAGGGAAGUAGCUAGAGAGGUGCUGGGGGUCUCGACGGGUAGCCGUGGUCGGCACCGAGGGGACUGGUGGUGGAAUGGAGAAGUUCAAGAGAAGGUGGAAGCAAAAAAGGUGGCGUAUGCGAAGUUGGUAGAUCGCAAGGAUGAUGAGGAGAAGCGAACGAAUAGGGAAUUAUAUAAGAUGGCGAGGAAGGAGGCAAAGUUAGCGGUUACUGCGGCAAAGAUAGCAGCUUUUGAAUUGAAAAUUAGAAAGGGGGAAGGUUUGAUUCUUGAGAAAGAAGAACACAAGUUCAAGUAUUUGAUACUUAAAACGUUGUUUAAUAGUGAAAGAAGGAGUUGA